GUGUCUCCGUGUGUGUGAGAUAGAAUAUUGUAUAUUGAAUAUUCCUUCAUCAUCAUCAUCAUCUUCUGCUGCGGGCUUGUAGAGUAGCCGAUUAAAAGCUUUUUGGUUCUGGGCUUGGUUGGCUCAGCAUCAACUUCAUCAUCAUCAAUGGCGUUAGCUUUCAAACCCAUAAUCCCCCACACAACCACCAGGGCCUCCUUAAGAUCUUCUCCUUUGGGUUUUUGUUCAUCUUCUCCGAACCCUACACACCCUGUCCUCUUUCACCAUUUUCCACACACUCUUCGGCCAAGAAUUCGUCGAAUUGCCCAUGGCGUCUCUGCCUCCAAGUCCAACGUCACCACCACCCUCUCAGACGUUGAACAGCACCGCCAACUUAAGGCCAAUGAUAAUGGUUCCACUCCCACUUCCACUUCUAACACUGCGUGGUCGGAAUUUGCCAGAAAUGUGUCCGGUGAAUGGGAUGGGUAUGGAGCAGAAUUCUCAAAUGAAGGGAACCCAAUUGAACUUCCUGAGACUGUUGUACCCGAAGCUUACCGGGAGUGGGAGGUUAAGCUUUUCGAUUGGCAGACUCAGUGUCCCACUCUUGCAGACCCGGAAGGGAGUGCUCUUAACUAUAAGUUGAUAAAGCUACUCCCCACAGUUGGAUGUGAAGCCGAUGCUGCUACGCGAUAUAGCAUUGAUGAGAGGAAUAUUGGAGGACUAAAUGACAAAGUCUCUGCUUUUGCAUAUCAGUCAAGUGGUUGUUAUGUAGCUGUCUGGCCAACUGAGAAUAAGGGUUCAUAUAAUUUAAUGGAAUUGGAGCAUUGCUUGAUCAAUCCUCAAGAUCGGGAGUCUCGUGUGAGGGUGAUUCAGGUAAUCCGUUUAGAAAGUAUGAAGAUGGUAUUGCAGAGUAUUAAAGUUUUCUGUGAGCAGUGGUAUGGGCCAUUCAGAAAUGGAGAUCAGCUAGGUGGAUGUGCAAUCCGUGAUUCAGCAUUUGCUUCUACAGCUGCACUGGAAGCUUCUGAAGUAGUUGGCAUUUGGCAAGGCCCAAAUGCUGUUGCCAAUUUUGAUGCUUCUCAGGUUAACUCUCUUCAAGAACUUGUAGAUGACAACAUGCAGAAGUCAGUAAGAGAUGGAUUGGAUCUCGUAUUGCUUCCCAAGCAAUUAUGGUGUUCACUAAAAGAAUCUAAUGAUGGUGGUACUUGUAGUGAGGUGGGAUGGCUGUUAAAUCAUGGACAUGCCAUCACAUCAAAAUGCACCUUCUCUAGCAAAACAACUUUAAAGGAAAUCUCAGUUGCAUGUGAAACUGCAGCUUCGGAGGGUGCAUAGCCAUUGAUGACCAUCAAAUCUUCUUCAACAAAAUGCAGCCACAGAAAUAGAAUCCAAUAUAAUAUAUAUAUAUAUAUAUAUAUAUAUGUAUAUAUUUCAUUCAGAAGGGAGAAGAGACAAAAAAAAAAAAGGAAAAGGAGUGAAAUUCUUGGACCUUAUUAAGCAAAAGUAUAAUAAUAUGCCAAUUUAUACAAUGUCUGCUGUUCAUGUAGAAAAUUCUUGUGUAGUUUGUCCAAAUUCAUAGAGAUAUCACAUGGUCUACACAUGAAUAUCUGUAGAGCUGUCUUUUUAUUCUAAUAUAAGCUGCUGGCUCUGGAAUUUUGUAGCUUAUGUUCUCUGACAAUUUGCUUCAUUAGUAAAUUAUAAACGUCAUAGGAUUCACCUCAACUUGGAUGCAGGUUUUAUUCUUGAAAGUUAUCAGAGUGCAGUUUUGUCCAGUUCAAUAACCUCAACGUUUUCAAAUGUUUAAUUUUGGGCCAAAGAAUUCACAAACGGUUGAUUGAAUCCCCAUUAUGGUCUUUUUUAUUUUGUAUUUCAUCUGCUAGGAAUGUGACUGAAAAAUGAUUGGCCUGGAUUUAGCAGAAGAGACAAAAAUGCACGUGACACAGGACACAGAAGACCUUUCAAAACUUUUAGAAUAUACCAUAUUUCCUUGGCCUUGCUCAGAUUUAUUCCCAGAAAUUUGCUUAUAUGGAAAAUGACAGAAUAUCUGUAACUUGGUGCAUGGAAUCAUUUAUUCAAGGAAAAAACAACUCUGUAAAUAGAAUUAAAUAGCCUCAUAGGAUGUGGAUUCCACUAAUGAUGUUUGGUAAUAAAUACCAUUUUUCUAAGUGGUAAGAAUGUAAAUUUUGUAGUUCCUUUUAUUAAUAAUACAAAUUAGAAUCUUGGUUAAAAUAUCUAGUUUUACAAGUUAACAAACACAUUUAUAUUAGAUUUGGUACUUUCAUCUUACAAGUUUGACUUUUAACUUUUCCAAUUAAAUGCCUUUUGGGUGCAAGGAAUUAAGUAGCUAACCAAAUCAUACUACUCCCUUGAAAUGUUCCUAUUGAAUAUCUUAGCAUCCAUAAAGGUUUAAUUUUCUGGUGAAAAUCCACAAAAGUAUAGUUAUUAUCAAAAAAGGAUAUACAUUAAGGUUUAGUUACACUAGCACAAGGUAUCCAUAAAGGAUGCUUGCACUUGGCAUGCCGUGGGCCAUAUUUCCAAACAUGUAGGGUUAAAUGCACUAUAUACCUAACAAUUUAUUUUUCUUUUUUCCUCUUUUUUUUUUUUUUCUUUUCUUUUUAUUCCUUUCCAGUUUAGACCCUUAAUCCUUACUUUACACUUUAAUUAAUUAAAGAUUUUUUUUUCUUUUUUUUUUUUUUUUUUUUUAUAACAUUUGGUUUCUAGUCAAAAUAGCAAUAUAAAAUAAACUAAAACAGAUUAUAAACCAUUUUUUUUAAUAUUAACUCAUGCUCCAUUUUUUUCCGCUGUACUAAAUAAGCAAAUUUGAACUAAAUUGCAAGGUUAAAAUUGAACAAACUAUAUUAGAUAAACCCAUAAGGAAAAUAAAUUUAAUUCAACCGCAUAUUUUACAAGUUGAUGGUCCAGUAAGUGCUGCAACUAAAUACUUUAAUUCACAACAUACCUUCUUUAUUUGUUGAAAAGGGUAUCCAAACCACCCUUAAAUCUAGGGAAAAAUAACUGCCAAGAAAUGCUCUCAAAAUCUUAGAAAAGUAAAUCAUUUUUUUUACAUAAGUAGAAUCAAAAACAGAGGCUUUUUUUUUUUUUUUUUUUUUUUAAA